GCGAGUCGGUUCAGCUUUGUAGUUGGAUAGGUAAAUCAGUUAUAGGAAUUAGAAAUUCGUGUUUUAUUUUGGACUGAUUAGGAGGUAGAUUUAGAGGCCCCUUAGUCGGUGUUAUUGCUAAUUUCGAGACAUCUAGUCGGGUUUCUGGUGUUAUUCCUUUGUAAAUACUGUUAUUUGUAUAUACUGUAAAUGAUGACGUCGGUGGGUGGCAGCCGAAACCGGGGUAACUGGGAGCAGACACAGGGUCAGACACAGAGCCAGUCACAGCACAAGCAGAGGCCUCAGGCCACUGCUGAACAGAUCCGACUCGCGCAGAUGAUCUCGGACCACAACGAUGCAGAUUUUGAGGAGAAGGUCAAGCAGCUGAUUGACAUCACAGGCAAGGACCAAGACGAAUCAAUGAUUGCACUGCACGACUGUAAUGGCGACGUCAACAGAGCCAUCAACGUCCUGCUGGAGGGAAGCCCCGACACUGACUCAUGGGAGAUGGUUGGGAAGAAGAAAGGAGUUUCAGGCCAGAAGGAGAGCAGCCAGUCAGAUGGAGGUGAGGAAGGGAAGGAGAACCGAGAGAGGGGAGCAGAAAGAGACGUCGCACGUCGCAGAGGAGGGCCCCUGAGAAGGGGCCGUGGCACCAGCCGUGGACGAGAGUUCCGUGGGCAGGAAAACGGUCUGGACGCGGCUAAGGCAGGUGCAGUGGCAAGCAGAGGGGCAGAGCGUGGCCGCCGGGGAAGGGGCAGAGGGAGAGGUGGUGCUGGUAGAAGGGGUGGAAGGUUUUCAGCUCAGGGCAUGGGCCAGAGUGAUAAGGCCCCCAGAUACGAUUUGUCAGGAGACGAGAGUACGUUUAACCCAGCGGACUAUGCUGAGCCAGCCCAGACAGAGGAGAGCUAUGCUGGGGGAAGCACUUGGAGCAACACGGGCAACCUGGAACCAGAAGACGGAGCCAGGCAUGAGUUUACUGGGGAUGGAACAAAUUACCCACGAAAAUUUGACACUGCUCCUGGUGCUUGGAGAACUGCUACAGAAGAAUGGGGCACUGAAGACUGGAAUGAGGAUUUGUCAGAGACCAAGAUAUUCACUGCAUCUAGUGUGGCUUCUAUUCCCAUGCCACAAGAAAACGUCACCAUAACUGCUGGACAGAGGAUUGACUUGGCAGUACUGCUGGGGAAAACACCCUCUUCUGAGACAGAGCCAGCUCCAGUGGAGACCCCUCAGCCCCCAUCUCUGUCCCAGUCUCUGGUGUUCAGCAACUCCAAACAACCUGUUGCACUCUCCCAGCCCUCCAGCUCCUCUUAUAAUCAGCACAGUAUGGUAAGCAUGCUCAGUAAGCAUGCUCAGAGUUUUGGAGAGGUGGGUGACACCAAAAGCAGUAGCAGUGGCUCCACCAGUGGGUCCCAGUUCCUGGAGCAGUAUAAGACGGCCCAGGCUCUGGCUCAGCUGGCAGCCCAGCACUCUCAGGGCGGACCAUCCAGCACGGGCACAUCCACCUGGGACGCCAGCCCCACUACCCUGGGACAAUAUGAUGUGAAACAUGCAACAGAAGCUCCGGUACACAGUCCCUUCACCAAGCGGCAGCCCUACCAGCCUGCUUCCACUGCUUCUAUGAUGGAUGCCUACCUCCAGGAAAAAGUCCUGCCCCCCUCCACUGCCUCCUCCCUGCCCUCUCAUUCCUCCCCAUCUGCUUCAUUGGCCCAAACUGUCUCUGCCUCACACCCAAAGCCCUCAUCUACGCCAAGCCAACAGAUGUCUCCAGGGCCAGCAGACCCCCUGGCCUCUAGCCCCUUGCCCCUACAACAGCAUAAACUCAAACAGCAGAAGAAAAGAACAGCCAUCACAACAAAGAUUCCUGCUUUAGCGGUGGAGAUGCCAGGCUCAGCAGAUAUAUCUGGACUCAACCUACAGUUCGGAGCAUUACAGUUUGGCUCUGAGCCUGUACUGCCCGAGUACGACGCCACAGCAGCGGUUGCCACCACGACAGCCGGCAACCCUGCCCAGAACAACCUCUACACGAGCGCCAACAGUGAGCAGACUCCAACCCUACCCAACCCCACCCAGAUGGAGCUGUAUGAUCAGAGAGGUGGCCAGACACGACGCUAUCCCCCCUCAGUGUCCUCCUCCCCACAGAAAGACAUACAGCCCAAGGUACAGAAUGGGUUUGGUUCAAUACACACAACACAGUCUCUGGAAGCUGCAGCAGGUUCUGCAGUGUCCACAAAGCCAGCAUCCGAUCCUGUUGCACCUUCCACUGUGUCAAACAUUGCUUCAUUGGCAGACCCACAGUCUGGUCCUGCCUCUCUGCUGACCACAUCCCAUCAGACACCACUUGCCAUUCUUGGACAUGAAGACCCCUCUAAUUCAAUUGCACCUCCACCACACAACAACUCACUACCCACCCAACAGAACAGUCUGACUCCUUCCUCAGUCCACACAUCUAGUGCAAGUCUACUGCAUCCGAAUGUGGACGGAGACUCUGGUCUGCACUCAUCCUCCUUCCCCUCGGUCUCCUCCGUGCCUCCUUCCUCAGCGUCCUCUGUGGCCCCUGCCUCUCACAGCACCCCCAUUCCUCCUUCUUCCUCGGCUAACGCUGCCUCUGUCCAGUCCACCCUCUGCGCUGUUAGUGGUUUGACCAUGGGUCUCAGCCCUGCAGGCGGCGUCACUUCUAUUGUGCCACCUGCAGCUGCUGCUGUGGCCUCCUCUUCCUCAGCAGCAUCAGCUACUGCUGCACCUUCAUCAGCCUCUUCAUCCCGCAGUACAGCUGCCUCAGGGAAAGCACCUCCAAACCUGCCUCCCGGAGUGCCUCCUCUGCUGCCCAACCCAUAUAUCAUGGCCCCAGGCUUGCUUCAUCCGUACCCGCCCCAGGUUUAUGGAUAUGAUGACCUUCAAAUGCUCCAGACCAGGAUACCACUGGAUUACUACAGCAUUCCAUUUGCUACCCCGACCACAGCACUGACUGGUAGGGAAGGCAGUUUGACAAGCAACCCUUACUCUGCUGGUGACCUGACAAAAUUUGGCCGUGGGGACACGUCAUCCCCAGCCCCGGCCACCACGCUGGCUCAGCCCCAGCAGAGCCAGACCCAGACGCACCACACCACCCAGCAGCCCUUCCUCAACCCAGCCCUGCCCCCGGGCUACAGCUAUACAAGCCUUCCCUACUACACGGGUGUGCCUGGUCUGCCCAAUACCUUCCAGUAUGGUCCUGCCAUGUUCCCGGUUGCUCCUACCUCCUCAAAACAACACAGUGUGAAUGUUGGUGUCAGUGCCUCAGCCACCCCCUUCCAACAGGCUAGUGGUUAUGGGUCCCAUGGAUACAGCACUGGCUAUGAGGAUUUGGGCCAGGCUUCGGCGGGGAGCGGGGAUUUCUGUAAGGGCAGUUAUGGCACUGCCGUGGCUGCCGCCGCCGCUGCUGCUGCUGCUGCAGCCGCUGCUUCCGCGCAAAACAAGCCUGCCAGCUCAGUCACUGCGCCUGGAGUCGGAGUUUCUGUGACCUCCAGCAACACAGGAGUCCCUGACAUUUCAGGGUCUGUUUACACAAAGACACAGUCAUUUGACAAACAGGGUUUCCAUACUGGGACACCUGGGGCCUCAUUCAGUUUGCCAUCGGCGCUGGGGAGCGGCGGUCCCAUCAACCCUCCGGCCGCAGCAGGCUACGCUCCUGCCCCUUUCAUGCACAUCCUGGCUCCUCACCAGCAGCCACAUUCGCAGAUGCUGCACCACCACCUGCAGCAGGAUGGACAGAGUGGCUCUGGUCAGCGCAGUCAGAAUGCUUCCAUUCAACAGAAGUCCCAGAUCAACAAGUCUGCUUACAACAGCUAUAACUGGGGAGGCAAUUAAGAUGGCUUUUUCCAAUCUGGUGUGCAAAAAGGCUGAAAUUGGGGUGGCCCCCACUUCCUGAACAACUUGUGCCCUUCUACCACACACCCUCUUCUCCCCUUGUCCAAUUGCCCUGGAGUACCUUCCCAUACUAACGGUGGUGCUGUACUAAAGAGGUAGCACUAUGGGUGUGGGGGGGUCUUUAAAGGGGAAGGGUAACAGGGUUUGGAAGAGUAUGGUUCUAGUAACUUGGGCUUUCAAGAGCCAAGUAUUGAGUGUUUGGAGUUUGUAUUGUGUUUAAAAAAAUAAUAAUAAUAAUAAAAAAAUAGCCCAUCCCUUUCAUUCUGGCAUAUGUAACAUAGCUGUUUUUCUAAAAGUUUUUGUUUGGUUUUCCUUUUAUUUUUUUUGUUUUUUUUAAAUCUUUUGGGGAAAGUGGAAGAGAUGAUUUAAGUCUCUUUCUGUCUCCUCCUCUCUGCCCCUUCCAUACCUGCACCCUGUUUUGGUCUGUUGAUUUUCAAUCUCAGAUUCACCACCUUUUGUGGUUUUGUAUUGCAUCCCCCCACCCCCCUUUUUUUUUUUUUUUUUUUUUUUUUAAACAAUUUUAUUUUGGGGGGAACAAAAGUAUAGCUCUAGAUCGGCUAAUGCAGUUGUGGAGUUUAUUUUUUACCAAAUAUAUAGAUAUGAGAUGAUGUGGGCACAAAGAUGUUGGAUGUGUUCUGAGUGAGUUUUGUUUUUUGUUUUUUUUCCUUUGUGCAUAUAUGCAAGUCUGUAAUAAGGGUGGCCACUUGUAUGAAUGUACCCAUUAAAUAAACCCUUCACUCAGCUGUUAAUUAUUGUACAUGCUAGGCAAAUGAAGGACACUGGUCAUAUGCAUAACCCUAAAUCCUUAAUUCCAUCCCAGUAAUUUGGUGGGUUUGUUUGAAGCUGUGUGUGUGUGUGUGGGGGGGGGGGGG